AACGAAUCUGCAGGGCUGAGUUCGUCGCUAGUUUAGUUUAGGCGGUUGUCAGGGUGAAGGAAGAUGGCGACUGCGACGGAAGAAGAUACAGAGCUGAGAGACCUCCUCGUGCAAACUCUGGAGACGACUGGAGUGCUAAAUAAAAUCAAGGCAGAAUUGCGGGCAGCUGUAUUUCUAGCACUAGAAGAACAAGAAAAAGUAGAGAACAAAACUCCUCUGGUAAAUGAAAGUUUGAAAAAGUUUUUAAAUACAAAAGAUGGUCGAUUAGUGGCUAAUCUUGUUGCUGAAUUUCUUCAGUUCUUCAAUCUUGAUUUUACUUUGGCUGUUUUUCAACCUGAAUCAAGCACAUUAAAUGCACUUGAGGCUCGAGAGAAUUUAGCUCAGGACCUGGGAAUUGUAGAAGCUAAAACUACAGUAGAUGGGCCCUUAUUGCUGGAAGUGGUCAGAAGAUGUCAGCAGAAGAAAGGAGUUUCAAACAGCAUACAUGUAGCCCCAAUAAUACCUGACAGUGUACAUUCUCCUCCAAAAUCAUCAGAUGGAAGGUCAAACAUACACCAGUUACCAAGUAAGAUACCAAGGUAUAAAGGACAUCGUAAACAGAAAAGGUGCUUGGACACGGCUGAGCAGGUAACUGAAACCAGUCAUAGUGAUACAAGCAUUUCAUCUGGAGAUGCAAAGAACAAAGGCAGCACUCAUUUCUUACCCAAUGAAACAAAACUAAUUUCUCAACCAAACAAAGACAUGGUUACCAAAGAAAAGAAUAGUCCAGCAGAAGAAGAUGAUGAUGCAGAGGGAGAUUCUUUCUUUGAUGAUCCCAUACCAAAGCCAGAACGAUCAUAUGGCUGGAAAAAUGACUCUAGCAAAGAAGGAAAUGUUGCAUCUCCUGAUGCAGCACCCAUAAAGAGUGGUCUGAGUUCUUUGGCUGGAGCACCCCCACUAAAGGAGCCUGAGAAUGCAAACUCAAUUUUGAAAGAUGUAAAAAUGGUGAAUUCUAAACUUGGAUCACUUGAAAUAGGGGAUGAAGAUGAAUAUGUUGAUGACUUCAACAGUACCAGUCAUCGGUCAGAGAAAAGUGAAGCCAGCAUUGGUGAAGAAAUAGAUGAUAUUUCUGUGGAAUUGGAAGACUUCAAUAUUAGUGACAAACUUGAAGACCUCACACAAGACCUCACUAUUUCUCAGUUAAGUGGUGAUGCAGAUUACCUGGAGGAUGUUGCAUGAGCAGAGAACAGAAAUAUAAAUUCGUUGGUUUGAGGACCUUUGUAGACUAUAUAUUGAAGACAAUCACACUGCUGAAAUAUCCCCUUCCCAACUGUGCCUUGUGUGUCAAAGGAAAAAAGCAACCAACAGAGCUGGAGAGGGGGAAAGGGAUUUUAAACUUCCAAGGACUGAAAACCCAAUAAUUUUGGAGUGUUGCAUUGCUAUCUAGUUCAACUAAAUCUUUCAUGCAAGAAGUUCAGUAGUUCCCAGAAAGAUGUCCGUUGCAGGCGACAGACACACCAAAAAUUAAUAAGGGAAGAAAUCCACAAAGUAUCUGAAGAAUGGCAGACAUGCUUACUGUUAUGGUAAGCAUCUGGCUUUUUGUUGAAGAAACCAAGAAAACACAGUGUUUGAACUUAUUCUUCUGUUGAUCCAAUUUUAAUUACAGUUUUCAAUACAAUUUCUUUCUUGCUGGUUGAAAUUAUUUCAGCAAUCAGGAGAUGUGAACCAGAAUCUUUAAAAAUAACUUAUAGGAUGCCUGACUAGAGGCAUAUUAAAAGACACUAGUGUCUGAGUUAUGAAUACCCAUAGUUUAUAGAAAGCUGGUUCCUUUAUUGCAAGUUAGGUGCUUAGUUUUGCGUGGAGAUCACUAGGUACUUCUGAAAAUUGCAGCUGGAAUAUGAGCCUUAACGCUAAACUUAUUUUUAUAUAUUUAAACAUUUGUUACUCUAAACUAGCUUUUGUUUGUUAAUUUAAUGAAAGUGUUUAUUUGCAUGAGUUUUUUUCUUUGAAACACAGCUUGAUACAGAAUAAAAACUGUUCCAAGACAGGCUGCUUAAAGGUUGAGAAUA